GUACAUAUCCUACACUCUAAUAAAGGAAUAUUCAGAAAGAAGUGAGAACUUAAAAAAACAAAAAAAAAAAAAAAAAAAAAAAAAACUUUUUCAUUUUGUGGAAGCCGGGAAGAAAACAGAAAACAACUCCAUAGUUGGCGGAUUGAAGAACAUAAUUCUUUCAUUGCCGCCAUGGACGAAGAAUUACUGGAACUGCAGAGACAAUUCGAGUUCGCUCAACAAGCUAAAUCUAGUAUUCGAUUAUCUGAAAGAAAUGUCGUUGAAUUGGUUCAGAAACUUCACGAACUUCAAAUCAUCGAUUUUGAUCUCCUCCAUACUGUUUCCGGCAAAGAAUACAUCACACCUGAACAGCUACGGUUUGAGAUAUUAGCCGAGGUAAAUAGGCUAGGGCGUGCGUCGUUGAUUGAUCUUGCGUACAAUAUUGGUGUUGAUUUAUAUCAUGUUGAGAGACAAGCUCAAGCUGUAGUAUCUGGUGAUCCUGAGCUUAUGUUAGUUCAAGGGGAAAUAAUUUCAAAUUCUUAUUGGGAUACUGUGGCUGAAGAAAUCAAUGAGAGACUUCAGGAAUGCAGUCAGAUUGCUGUGGCUGAGCUUGCUGCUCAGUUGCAAGUGGGUUCAGAGCUAAUAUCUUCAGUAUUAGAGUCACGACUUGGGAAUUUGAUAAAAGGUAGACUUGAGGGUGGACAACUGUAUACCCCUGCUUAUGUUGCACGUGUAAAUGCAAUGGUUCGUGGUGCCGCUAGGGGUAUUACAGUUCCAAUGAAUUUGUCAGCCUUGUGGAGCUCUUUGCAGCAGUUACUCCAGGGAAUGGAAGGGGCUACUGGUGUGGCUGUGGACAAUUCAUUUUUCCAGACAUUGUUCAAUGGAUUGGCGAAGGAGAUGGAAAUUCUUGGUUCGCUUCGUGCUGGGGUUCAUUGGACACCUGCUGUUUUUGCUUCUGCUCAGAAAGAAUUUGUGGAUUCUUUUCUUUCACAGAAUUCCUUCAUAAGCUAUGAAUCUCUUCAUAAAUUAGGAUUACCCCAGCCUUUGCAGUACUUACAGUCCAGGUAUCCAGAAGGUAUUCCUUUGGUUACCAUGUUUAUUCAUCCCUCAAUGAUUGAGAUGUUAGAUGCAGCUGUGGAGGAUGCUAUUGAACGAAAUAGCUGGAUUGAUUCUCUUAUGGUGCUGCCCUCUUUAUGUGGCUCACAAGAUGCAUAUAAGAUUUUGUCCUUGUGCCCAUCUUUACAGUCAGCACUUAAGUCUAACAAAGCGCUUAUCGUGGGAGAGUCCUAUGUCCUGAGUGAUGGCUUCAUCAAGGAUGUCUUUACUCGACUUGACAAGGAGAUGCAAACAUCCAUUUCUUUUUCUUCUCCUAGUGGAGUAGGUGAUGAGAAGCAUCUGACGAAGGAAAGCAAAGGUGGAAGUGCUCCAAGUAGGUUAUCAGAGUUUAGUGAAACCACUAAUGAGAGUGGAAAUAGGCCAAGCAUAGAGAAAGGUUCUAGAAAAAAGAAAGGUAAAUCUACAGGGAAUACUAGAAGUUCUGCCAUUGAAAGUGAACUCGUUAGUCAAGAGCCUGUUCCCUCAAAAUCUAAGAGGAAUCAGAAAAAAGGAAAAGACACUUCAACAUCACAUAUUUCAGAAUCAAAAAGACUGAAAGAGGAUGGAGUUAGUGUCCCUUCAGAGGAUUGGAUAAUUAAUAAUAUAUUAACUUUGGUUCCUGAGUUUGAAGAGCAAGGUGUGGAUGAUCAUGAAACAAUCAUUAAACCCUUGGCUAACCAUUUGAGACCUAUGUUGGUCACUUCAUGGAAUGAAAGAAGAAAGGCAAUGUUGGCUGAAAAUUCAGAUAGAAUGAAAUGCAUCCUUGAUAACUUGCAAAAGAAGCUUGAUGAGCUUUACAUGAACAUGCAGCUUUAUGAAAAAGCAUUGGACCUGUUUGAAGAUGAUCAAACGAUCUUUGUUGUAUUACACAGACAUUUGCUAAGAACUACUGGAUCCAUAAUUGCUGACAUGCUUUUGUAUAACUUGGAUGUGUACAACAAAUUGAAGAAUGGAAUUGCAGUGGAAGAUUCCCAAAUUGUAGAGCCUGUUUCACUCAGUUCUGGUGAAAGGAAUUCUCUUGCAAAAGGCUUGAAUGGUUCCCUAUCUGUCAAGGCUGUCGCUUUGGUGGAAUCUUUGGAGGGAAAGAGAGUGGACAUAUUCAUGACAGCAUUGACAACAUUGGUGGAAGAAAGUGGAUUAUAUUUGAAGAAGCUCGAUAAGAAACUGGAGAAGUCGCUUUUGCAUUCGUAUCGUAAGGAUCUCACAUCUCAGGUAUCCAUGGAAACUGAUCCAGUUGUACUUCUGCCAAAAGUUGUCUCUUUGCUUUAUUUGAAGAUUUAUAAUAAAGCACUUCAGGCUCCAGGAAGGGCCAUGUCUACUGCUGUUUCUCGAUUGAAGGAUAAGUUAGAUGAAUCAGCAUUCAAAACCUUGAUGGACUACCAUUCAGCUACCGUUACGCUUUUAUCACUGAUGUCUGCUUCUACUAAUGAAGAUGAUUGUGCAUCAGACAGAAUCACGACAAAGAAGGAACUUUUGGAGAACCUAAUUCCGACAUUAAAGGAUUUGGUUCUUGGAUCUUCCCAACCUCAGGAGCAAGCUGACACAUGAACGCAACAUAAACAUUCUAUCCCGAAUGGUUUUCGUUUAUUUAUAUGAAUAACUCUAUAGCACAAACCAUAGAGUAAAAUUACUGCUUGAAUUUCUUUCUACGGGUAUACAACAUUACAGAUUUCACAAAGGAUUGCUGCUCUAAUGAGAUGUAGACAAUAACAGAUGAAAUAUGUAUCCUUGAAUAAUGGAAAAUGACAAGCAUUACUUCUCUAAUUUUUCCUCUUGUGAGUGGUUGAUUUACAAA